AUGCUUCAUGAUGAUGAAGUUCCACUACGUUCAGCUAAAAAUAUUGUUCGUCGACUACGUGCAGCUGGCCAUCGUCUUUCUCGAAAUGAUUUAUUGUCAUCUAUGUCGUUUGACAAUUCAACUGAUACUCGUAUGCUGGAUAGUUAUGCAGACGAAGAUGUUAACAGAAGUAAUCAGUUAAAUGAUUUUGCACAACUGACACGAAGAGACGAAUCAGAUGAUCGUAUGUUAGUUGAACAAGAUGAGGAACAAGCUGACUAUUUGGCAAUAAAUGAAGAUGAUGAGCUGUUAGAAAGCGCUUCCAUGACAAAUGAUGGCGAUAUUGAUGAUAUACCUACCAUCAGUUCAGACUUGGGUAAUGAAAAUGAUGUUCAAUCACCAUAUUCUGAACAUAACUAUAUAGCAACUGACUCUGCUGAACAUUCACCUAGCGUAGAAGAAUUAUCAACUGUCCUUGCUUUAUUUCGACAUCGACAUAAACUAUCGAAGUCAUGUAUUAACGAUUUAUGCGAUCUUUUGCGCUCACUUGGAGUAAAGAAUGUGCCAUUGGAUUUUCGUUGUAUCGAGAAAAAUCUUAAGAAAAAAACAGAGAAUAUUCUGCAAGGUCGCCGAUUUGUCAUAUGUUCAAAAUGCAGUAAUAGAGGCGGUAGUUUAUCAAAAUGUGAGAAUAUUCAAUGUAAUUUCAACAGUGGUUUUAUGUCCACGCCUACUACACUUUGUACUUUUAAAAUUCUUCCAGAAUUAAUAGCGAUUCUUGAACGUCAUAAUGUUAUACCUGAACGCAAUUGUAACCAAUUCAGCAUAUCAGAUGUCCAAGAAGGUCAUGUUCGUUGUAAUAUUCUUCAUCGUGAGCGCGUGAUCAAUCCAAAGAAGCAAAUAGUGACUUUGCUGUUAAAUAGUGAUGGAAUAGUUCUUAAAAAAUUUAAUCGCUCAGUUUGGGUUACCUGCAUGGUAAUCAACGAAUUGCCUCGUGCAAUACGAUUUGAUCUUAGAAAUGUAAUCAUUUGUUCGAUAUCUAUGGGGGGAAGUAAACCUAAAAAGAAUCAAUUUCAAAGUUUCAUCGAAGACUGGGUGAUCGAAUUGCAACAUCUCGAACUUGGUUUUCAUGUGGUACCUCCUAAUUUAAACGGCCAUUUUGUUCAAGUACAUGCCUAUCUGAUUGCAGCAUCUUUAGAUAAGCCAGCACAAGCUUUGUUAUUAAAUUUAAAUGACCCUACUGGCUUUUACAGUUGUGUGCGUUGCACUAUACAAGGUCCGUCAUUUACUACAGAUUCUCUUCAUAAUGUGUAUUCAGGCACGUUUAAACGAUUAUUGGAAAUAUGGUUCAAAAGUCGUCGUACUUCUUAUUCUAUUCAUAAACAUUUACCAUUGAUCGAAUCCAGAUUGGAUGCUAUACGAUAUCCAUCAACAACAUAUCAUUUACCAUCACAACUAAAGUUUUAUACACACUUUAAAGGAAACGAGUAUUUUAAACCAGCUCUACCUUUAAAAUACUUUCAACAUCUGAAGCUUUUGGCAUUUGCUAUGAAUUUGGCAGAGUCAUUCGUUUUGCACCAUGAUACUAUAGAAAUUAUUCGUAUGCUACUUGAUGAGUUUGACCAUUUAUUUUCGCAACUAUAUUCAGUAAAUUCAAUGACGUCCGUAGUACAUUCUAUGGUUCAUGUGCAUGAGUCACUUAAAGAUUUUGGACCCCUUCAAAAUUAUUCAACAUUUAACUUCGAAAGCGUAAUCGGUUCACUUGUGCAAUCUGUGAACGGGCCUAGUCUAGUAAUACAUGAAUUAGUAAAUAAUAUCAAUAUUCUUCAAGCAGCUACAGAAAAAAUUGAUCAUAUACACUUACAUUCACCUUUGAGAAUAUUUAUUGCUCGAUUAUUUUCUACUAAACGACAAGCGUUGCCGAAAGUAAGUUCGGAAGAUACGAAGAAAUCUGUUCGUCUUGGUCCGAUGUUGAAAUUACCACAAGAUCAUAUAGUAAUGACAUAUUUAAACACAAUCUAUUCUGUGCCAUUUCAUAUUCAUGAAACAUGCUGGAAAAACAAGAUACGAUUUUCAAUCUACAAUCCAAAUUCUCUCUCACGAAACUGCGAUUCGUGUUUAUUGUUCAAAAACCAAAAUAAUGAAACUUGUUACGGUUUUGUAGUCGCCAUUCUGAACCAGCCACAAGAAGGAUAUCGUAUACUUGUAAAUCAAAUACAAGUCAAUCGUCGAGAUAGUUUAAUAUUAAAAGGACGAUGCAUCAUCAAUCCGUUCAUCUUUUGGGGACAUUUAACAGAUACUCCGAAAUUCGUGAUAAUAUCUCUCGAGCAUAUCAUUGUAAAACUCGCGUAUAGACGAGAAAAUGAUUUAUUUCAUUUUUUUCAGUUUCCCAAUACAGUGGAAAGUACCUAG